AUGAAUUACUCCAUUCCAAAAAGUGGUCAAAAGGUUUAUUGGAACAAGAAGAGCAAGCGCGUCAAGGUGAAGGCCCCAGAGUGCGUAUUUGAGCGAGAGGCCAUUCUUGCAAACGUCAAGUUCAAUGAGCAGGAGAAGAGGCUUGAUGAAGGGGAGGUGCGCAUCAAGCUCGACCAGGGGAAAGAAACCCAGGUUCACCCGGCAGCGGUCUUCAACAAGGUGCCUCGAGCACUUCGUGAAGAGUAUUGUCGCUCAAAUAUCCCGUUGCGCGCUAGUCUGCGAUUCAUUUUGCGCGAUGAACGAGUCUACUUAUCCGCCUGGCUGAGAAAUCCUCAUGCCGAGCAUCUGGCACACUCUGGUGAGCCGGAUGAUGAGUAUGUCCAGGAGAUUGACAAGGAGCUUUCCAAGGUGGAUGGUCAAGAGGACAGCUUGGCGCAGAAGCCCUUCAAAGCCUUGGAGAAAAUUCUGGACGAACUAGAUGAUGUUGAGAGGCAGCUGCGGUCACUUCGGCAUGACGAGCACUUAGCCAUUGCUGGAUUGCAGCCAAGGAGCACCGGAGCUUUGGAAGACUUCUGUCGCAGUGUCAUUCUAAAUGUUUUUACGCGGCUGGUGUACAAGAUUCAGCAACCUGUCAAGAUUCUGGAGCAGGGACGCGAAGACGAGGCAGGCAAGAGGACCCGAGAGUGGAUGCAAGAGGUUCUCGCCAGAGGAAACUAUGUGUGGGAUUUGGAGACUAAGCGCAAGACCGCAGGGGACAAGUUGAACUGCAGCAACAAAAAACUGCAGGAAGCACAACAGGCUUUGGCGCAUAAGGAAAAGCAUUUGGAGGGUUUGGACGCUCAGGCUUCAGAAGCCGAGAAAGUCAGUCAGAAAGUGCAAGAGACAAAGCAGAAAAUGCACAAGGCGCAGCAAGAAGUGCAAGAGGCAGAGGAAGCUUUGGAAGAGGCGAAGGACGUGGGCAGGCGCGUACUGGAAAAGAUGCGGGCCGAGAGUCAAGGAAUGGAAUGCCCAUUCUGCAAAAGGCGUUUCGAUCCCUCAGCCAUUGAUCGUUGUCCUGAAGUCGGAGACAUACAUCCUCAAGACGAGGAGAACAUGUUGAGGUGGAUCCUUGCGCAAUGCCUUUGCCGCAGCUGCAGCGAACCAGGGACCCCCGUGAAGCCUACGAUUGAGAGCUGGCUGGAAGGAGUCAACAAGGUGUUGCGGGAUGUUGGAGCCAUCCAUGAGGAAGAUCUUUCCUCAUUGCUGGAUACAUCCAUCCUGGAACUCCGCGACGGGGAGACCAGCUUGCGACUGCAGAGCCCCAGGAUAGAAGGCGUCAAAGCCCUGCUCCGCUUGAAGUACGGAGUUCGGUGCAGCUCAACCCAUGGCUUCGCUGAGCCAACCUUGAAGGAUCAAUUGUCCAACUUCCCGACAGAAGUGGAUCUCGCUGCUCGUUUGCUUGGCGUGAAGCCAGAGAAUCAGAAGUCAGAGGUGAGCGGCUUCCUGGGGUCUUGGGACUUGUAUUGGCUGGAGAGUGGGACCAAGGAGUCUAUGGAGGAUGACUUUGAUUUCAGAGAUGCCGGGACCGCGAACCUCAAGAAAGUUGAUGUGAGGGUCCGCACGAAUGCAUAUGUCAUCGAAGACGACGGUGGUCGAGUCAAGGUGAGACGGUCAGGAGAAAUGUCCUGGUGGCCAGCAGUUACUUCGCCAUGCAGCGUGUCAGAUGGAGGCUCUACAUUGAAGUUCAACGUGCACUUUUGCUCGCGGGCCACGUUGAGAGCGAGGCCUCUGCAACCUCACAAGUGGUGCCGCGUGGAGCUGCGACUGAAAUCAUCCCAGGGAUAUGACUAUUUAGACGGUAUGGAGCACACCCGCUGGGAUGCAGAGAUUGCUUGGUCGCGGCGUGAGAUGCAUUUCAGCUGUGGAGAUCGGGGGAGGUCUCGAAGGAUUCAGUUUCACAGAGCCAGGACCCUGCCAGAUGCCCCAGAAGGAGACGAGGGCAGACACACAGCAGCCAAAGUCUUGGCAAAGCAAUCGCGCGACUUGUACCAGCGCAUUGAACAUGUUGAGAGGAGCGCCACUAUCAACAAGUGCAAUGUCAUCGCUGAUUUGAGUGUCACCCGCACAACUGCACGCCUCUGGGCAGACGCUUUAGCCGACAUUGUCAAGAGAAACUUCGGGAUUGCCAUCGCACCGAGACGUUCCGAAGAGGCAGGGAAUGAGAAACAACAAAUUUCCUCACUUGCGUCUACUUUCAACUUCAAAAAACACUUCGCAUCCAUCGCAUCUAGAUUGCUGCCACGAAUUUCAUUCGACAAGUGGCAAAGGCGCCUGCCUGGCAGCCUUUCAAGUCUUGGGCCAUUGGGGGCCAGGAUUGGACCUGGAAGGGCGUAG